AUGUCCGGCGAGGCGUGGUUAUACCUCUUUGCGGUGUUGAUCAACGCCGUCAACCUGUUCCUUCAAGUCUUCUUCACCAUCAUGUACAGCGAUCUGGAAUGCGACUACAUCAACCCCAUCGACCUCUGCAACCGCCUGAACACCUACAUCAUCCCCGAGGCUGCCGUCCAUGGUUUCAUGACGUUCCUCUUCCUCAUCAACGGAUACUGGCUGCCUCUGAUCCUCAACCUUCCCCUCCUUGCGUGGAAUGUCAAGAAGAUCGCUGAGAACACCCACCUGCUGGACGCCACCGAGAUCUUCAGGAAGCUGAACGUGCACAAGAAGGAAUCCUUCGUCAAGCUUGGUUUCCACCUUUUGCUCUUCUUCUUCUACCUCUACAGCAUGAUUGUCGCUCUCAUCCGAGACGACACCAAAUAAGCGCCCUGCGCUUUCCAGCAUCGACGCAGACGGCCUUCGGCACACAGCGCGACAUUCUCGCGGCACGAUACGAAACCGGACGAGACGAUGGACGAACGACUAGCCCCUAGAUGCGCUUGAGAGGGCUACUUUCGAGGGUGCGCUAGGCAAAGGCGUACCGGGCAACCGGACUAGACACGGUCAUGAUACCAGCAGGAAAGGGGGCGGAGCGGCGGUGUUUGUGAUAUGGGGUAACGUCUGACAACACCGACGAGACGGCGACCAAAAAAAAGGAAUAGAGGUGUGCAUGGACUACACAGGUCCAGCCCCCUCUACUACGCGGUCGAUGACGAGGUGCUCAGGUUUACAUGUGAGACUCAUUCAGUUGUUUGGGAAUUGGGAGGUUAUGAUGCGAAGACCAAUACCUUUGUAUCUGUUUUCUGUUGCUUGCAGGCAGGUUUCCAGCCUGAAGCCGGGGGCG